UCGGUGUGCUCGUGCGCGUUGAAUUAACGCAAAAUUCGAUUCGACAUUCGGUGGCGGUGUGCCCUUUUCGGGAGUUAGAAUUUUUGACGGUACCAUUGGUCCCAUGGUCAUCAAGUUGAUUGAUGCUACGCACGGUAGUAAUGCUUUCAGUGAAUUAGAGGCCUCAGUUCAUCAGUGAAAGGAGUUGAUCGUGGGAGUCAAGUUGAUAGGUCGUGAAGAUGGCAGUUGAAUUCUAUCGGAAGCAAAAGUGCCAGAUUUCGUAGCCCAACUGUGCGAAGUGAAGUGAAUGGUGAAAUCACUAGCUGGAAAACGUUUGCGAGUGAGUUUUUUCGUGACGAAACGGUGGCAUGAAAUUGGAUAAUGCUGAUCUAGAUUCUAUUGCUACGACGUGAAUCGAUAUUGGCAGCUAGCACCGAAGGGAUUGCAUCAGCAACGUGAGCUACUGAGAAGCACGUUUUGGAUCAAUAACUGAAGACGAGCGAAACAAAAAAGCCACAACAACACAUCGGCGAAGGGAUAUACUAGCAGAGCUCGGGUGUCAGGAGCUACAUUGGGCUAUUCAACUUAAUCCAUUGUGGGAAUCAAACCAUCCUUCACACCUCAUGACAAGAUGAAGCAUUAUCUGUACAUUACCUUAAUCUCCAUUCUGCUCAGCAAACACUAUGGAAUGACACAUGUUAUAAGGAAACGGCAACUUUUCCGCGAACAGGUCCUCCCACAUGCCGGUGGCAAAAUACCCGAUUUCGCCUUCCACACCGAUCGCUUGGCGUUGAAUCGACUCCAGAAGGAUGGAAUUGCUGUCCCGGACGGAGUGCUGCUGGAGCAAAGACGCUAUCAGGUGUAUCCCCAUCCGCACCGAUCGUUCCGGCCAACCAUCCUGGUGGCACAAACUUCAGACGGACGAUACACGUCACCCGAAGGCUGGUACGGUCACAACGGGGUAGAAACGGUGGACAGUACCUACAUAGUUCCGAUGCCAUGGGAAAAAGACUCCUACCACAAGCACUCGCCGUCGUUGGUCGGCUACGCAGCGCACAGCAAGCCUGCGGUGCCAGUAUUCAAGGAACUCCGAGUUCCAAACUAUUCGGUGUUCAAUUUCGAUUAUAGCAAUUUUAAGAAAAAGCUGGUGGAGAAACCACUAUCGCUUCAUCCGGCGGGGGUGAUUUCCUCCGCGUACAGCCCUGUAGCCAUUAGCCAUCAUGCACCGAAGCCAUCGUUGUCUUUGGUGCCACAGAACUACGUCGGUUACCACGCAGCGCUGGGUAACCUGUUGAGUUACCAACCUGCUUACGCGUACGGUAACGACUGGAACAAGGGCUGGGCGCCCACCAGUGCCUAUCACAUAAAUCAUGAUUUGUCGUCAUCCCACCCACUUAACAGUUUCGAGGACUUUUACGCCGAUCCCAGCGGCAAACAACGCUAUUACCGUCAUGCAGGCCAGUCUUCUUCGUCCGCGGUGGAAAAGAUUCGUUCGACGCGAACGAUUUCCCCCCAACUGCCACUUGCCGUCACCAAAGGACGAAGACCAUCCUCCUCCUCAUCAUCAUCAUCGGCAUCAUCAUCGCCGCCGCCACCGUUGUCGUCCUUACCAUCUUCUUUCAAAUUAGUGCUGAUCGCAGACGGUUCGUUUCGGUUCACUACAGCUGAGACGGUUAAACACUUUUUGCAGCAGAUUUUUGUUUGCAUUUCGAGAGUUGCCAAAAUGCUGAAGAUUGCGUUCGUUGCCGUUGUGGGCCUGCUGUGUGUGGUCCAGAGCGUCAAGGUCGACUACUACGGGUCCCUGUACAGACAGGACGAGCUGCACGCCCCGUACAAGAGUGCCAAGGAACCGAAGCAGGACUUUAGCAAGAUCCCCGGCGAACCCGGAGUAGACUACCCGAUCUACCACGAGGUCCCACAUACUAGCUUCAGCUGCUCGCACGUUCCAGCCAUCCCGGGAAUGUAUGCCAACGUGGAAACCGGCUGCCAGGCGUACCACACGUGUCACGACGGUCGCGAGGGAGAUCAGGGAGCUUCGUUCCUGUGCACCAACGGAACCCUCUUCAACCAGAAGGAAUUUGCCUGCGACUGGUGGUACAACGUCAAGUGUGAGGAAGCCCCCGCUCUCUACAGCCUGAAUGCCGAUCCGGAGCACAAUCCCUUCAUCCCGAAGGCAAAGCCGGAGGAUGAACUGGCACACAAAAAGUUCCUGAUCCACGUCUAAGCCCGGAGCCGGUCUGUUUUCUCUUUAUCAAAGUUUGUUUUUUGUUCUUGUUGCCCAUUCGGAAUUGUUAAGUUUUCCACAAAAGUUUCCUUUUUCUUUCUGCUUUUUUUUUCGUCCGGUGACGAUUGUUUUGUUUCGUUUGGGAUUACCGAUUUUCUUCGUGCUGUUCUGUUGUUCUUUAUGUUUCCGUUGUAAAUAUUUCGUUUUUUAUGCCAUUAUAAUGAUUUCGCGGUAGUCGUAGAAUGAGAAGAGGACAAAAAAUAUACGAGCCGAAAAUGAGGAAAAUUUCAAA